GAUGCUGUCUUCCAAGGUUCUAUAUCAAAAGAAACAACAAAAUCAUCUCGCCGGUCAUCAAGUAUCUUUAGCUUUGACUUUUUACAUGGUUUUGUAGCUGCGUUAUCUGUCAUCAUUGUGUCAGAGCUAGGCGACAAAACAUUCUUUAUUGCGGCAAUAAUGUCAAUGAGACAUUCAAGGUUGGUAGUUUUCACUGGAGCCAUGGGAGCACUAGGUCUCAUGACCGUCCUUUCAGCAGUUCUGGGUUUUGCAACAACUGUAAUUCCACGAAAAUACACACUGUAUGUAUCGACGGCUCUGUUUGUCUUUUUCGGUCUUAAAAUGCUAAAGGAAGGAUAUGAAAUGGAUCCCAAUGAGGGUCAGGAGGAAUUAGAAGAAGUUCAAGCGGAACUUAAAAAGAAAGAGGCUGAGGUUAGUAUUGUCACCUGCAUAAAACUGGUAUGGUAACUUAAAUAGUUUUCACUGCCUGGUGCAUUUAGCCUGUGCUACUUGCGGGUAGUAUCAAUCACAUAGGGUUUCUGUUUUCUUAAAUUACAAAAAUUCAAAUUUGUGAAAUUAUGGGAUUGGUUGGCAUAUUCAGAGAGAACAAGAAGAAAGAGCCCCCUUGCCAAAAAUCACCCUUUUUAGUGCAAAUUUGUUGUUUAGAUAGAUAUAAGCACCGGUUUGCUCUGAUGACUCCAUACAAAUCCUUCAAGAAUUAGCUUGGAUCAUAAUGUUAACAUUCCCCGGCCUAUUUUAGAAGGAUUUAUGUGGAGUCAUCAGAGCAUAACAUUGCUUAUAUCUCAUCACCAAUUUGCAGUGACAGGCUGAUUUUUGCCAAGUGAACAUUUCAUCUUGUUCUUUCUGGAUAUGUAAGUAAGUAAGUAAGUGAGUACAGUCGACUCCUGAUAAUUUGAACCUUCAAGGGAAAUAGAAAAAAGUUCGAAUUAUUGAGAGUUUGAGUUACCAUUGGUAAGAUUAUAUAGAAAAUGAUCUGAAGGGAAAUGAUAAUUAGUGGGAGGUUCGAGUUAUAGAGGGUUCGAGUUACUGGGAGUCGACUGUAACCUUAUUUAAUCAGGCUAGCCUGUUCAGCAACAAGGCUGGUAUCCAUAGGGGCCCUGAGAAAUAAAAAGUAUACUUGUCUAUUUAAAAAUUCCUAAGGUAUAUACAUGAUAAAAAUAAACAAUAAUAUUGUAAAAAAUCUAGCUAGGUCAAUAUAAAAAGUGUGCUAAGAGACAAGAAAUUAAAUUAUAAGGUAAAAUACUCGGUCAGCACCUUUUUAAAACUAUUUACAGACGUGGCACUUUUAACAUAAUUGGGUAAAAAUUUGAAAUAAAUAGCCCCUGCAUACUGAAAAGUUCUUUUGCCCAUGUUACGUUUAGGCUUUGGUGAGAGUGCAGGUCAUUACUUUUCCCAGUUGCAUGAUUGUGCAACAAAUCAGAUGAUUUCACAAAUUUAGUUUUCGUGACAUCAUCACUUCUCAUCCCUAUGAAGCCACCCUUAACCCUUUAAGCCCCAAUAUCCACAAACAAAUUCCCCAAACUGAUCUCUAUACAUUUCCUUACAGAAUUAGUUAGGAGAAAUUGAUAAAAGAUCAGAGAUUUUUCUCUUUGUGAUCAUUUGAUUAAUUCUCAUAGAUGUUGCACUUGACAAUGUAUGGAUAUUGUUAGGAGAAAAUUGAUGUUGGUCACUAUUGGGACUUAAAGGGUGAAAGUCACAACACAUAAUAUGAAAAACUCAGUAUCAUGUUUUGCUAUUGUUCAUUUAAAAAUGUCAUGUAACUAUUGCUUUUAAAGCUAAUCAAACUGUAACCUUUUUCUUUUUUGGCAGUUGGUAGGAAUUAAUGAUGAUCAGUCUGUAAACCACUCAGGCAUGAAUAAAUAAAUUCAUUGUUAUUAUUUGAAAUGAAGUGGAGGUGUGGUGGCUGUGCAGUUAAGACUUUAAACUUGGGAUUUGCUGGUCAAGGUUUGCGUCUUGGAUAUAUUAUGUUAUAUAAAGCUGUCUUUCUUUUUUUUAAGUUGGAAAAAGAGCAAUCUUCAACUGUCACUCAAGAUAUUGAGACUGGUGUUAUCCGAGGUGGAAAAAAGCAUGCAAAGUUUUUUGGUCUACUUUCACCCAUACUACUUCAAGCAUUUACACUGACUUUCCUGGCAGAGUGGGGAGAUAGAUCACAGAUUGCAACUAUCCUGCUUGCAUCAAGAGAGGUAGGGUUUCCAGGGAGUUAAUAUCUGACCUUCCAGGAGAAGAGACAUUCUUGAGAUCUUUCUUUUCUUUCUGUCUUUUCAACAUGCAAAGAAAGUAUUGUAUCUAUGUACUUCAAUUUUGCUCAUGGUAGAAAUUGUCUUUGUACUGGUACAAUUAUUUUUAAACUGGUACAAAAUUAUUGAUCCAGUACAAAAUUUAUUAAAUGGGUCUCAUUGUACCUUUUUAAGAAGAAGUCAUAGUUUACAGAUAUUUAGGGUUAGGGUUUGGGGUUAAGCAUUCACUUUGCUGUUUUGGGUUAAGCACUCAUUUUACUGAUAAGGGUUAAGUCUUUUAGCACGUGUAGCCCUUUACCUGGUCAGAAGGGUUUGCAAUAGUUAUUAAGAAACGGUCCAGAUAAGAACGAUAGCAACAACGGAAAUGAACAUGUUGGAAUUCAAAAAAGGUGCUAACUUUUCUAUUGUUUGUACUUACUUCUGAUUGGCUUAAACAGCAAAAGUUAACAAAACUUCAUAAAGCGGUACAUAUAUUCAUCCUUACUUUCCAACCAUCUUCCAUAUAACAAAAUCUGGUCUCAGUUUGAAUAACAAAGAAAUCCUAUGUGGGGAACAUGUAAAAUUGUAAACUUUUCUUGGCUAUUGUUUUCAACUCUUGUGAUUGGUCAAAAUCUUUUAACACAAAAAAACACCCUUUCAAAGUGGAGUGUAAAUGCAUUUUAUUGCGUAAACGGCCUUCAUUUAUGCAUGUUUAUGCAUUCUCUGUGUAAAAAUGAGAACAUUCCUAUGUGGGAAAGCACUGUUGAAGCAUAACAAAAGAAAUUGCUAUCCACCUUACCGGGAUCAUUACUUAAAGUCAAAAUGUCUUGUUUUGUGGACAGAAUGUUGUGGCAGUGAUAAUUGGAGGAACAUUAGGGCAUGGCUUAUGUACUGGUCUUGCUGUUGUUGGAGGAAGAUUAAUUGCCCAAAAAAUAUCUGUCAGAACAGGUAAGUUACCUUUUGACUUUUUGUUCAAGAUUUUUAUUUUUUUUAUUUAUUUGGUUUUUAAACACAUUACAAAUAUUUAA